ACUUCCAAAAGCCUCCCAUCUGUCAUCCCACCCAGACUGCGCGCUUCUAAUUCCUCCUACCCCACAUGCUGUGCCCAGUGAAAAGUAUGGUCAGCGAGCGAAGGUUUGCAAGGAGACAGACGAGGGCGAAAUUAAGCCAGGCGGCUUCCCUUUAAAUCCUCGCAAAGCAGAAGGGCCCCUCACUCUGGCAGCAGGCCUUGGCCAAGGGGCCUUUAGCCCAGACGACCCGGGGAAGAGUCUCCCAAAGCAGAACGCCCGGUCCGGCGCCCAGACCAAACGCGGGGGAACCGGAAGGGCGAGGCCUCCACGCAAGUCCGCGCCGGAGACCAGCCUACAGCCGCCUGCAUCUGUGUCCAGCGCCAGGUCCCGCCAGUCCCAGCUGCGCGCGCCCCCCAGUCCCGCACCCGUUCGGCCCAGGCUAAGUUAGCCCUCACCAUGCCGGUCAAAGGAGGCACCAAGUGCAUCAAAUACCUGCUGUUCGGAUUUAACUUCAUCUUCUGGCUUGCCGGGAUUGCUGUCCUUGCCAUUGGACUAUGGCUCCGAUUCGACUCUCAGACCAAGAGCAUCUUCGAGCAAGAAACUAAUAAUAAUAACUCCAGCUUCUACACAGGAGUCUAUAUUCUGAUCGGAGCCGGCGCCCUCAUGAUGCUGGUGGGCUUCCUGGGCUGCUGCGGGGCUGUGCAGGAGUCCCAGUGCAUGCUGGGACUGUUCUUCGGCUUCCUCUUGGUGAUAUUUGCCAUUGAAAUAGCUGCGGCCAUCUGGGGAUAUUCCCACAAGGAUGAGGUGAUUAAGGAAGUCCAGGAGUUUUACAAGGACACCUACAACAAGCUGAAAACCAAGGAUGAGCCCCAGCGGGAAACGCUGAAAGCCAUCCACUAUGCGUUGAACUGCUGUGGUUUGGCUGGGGGCGUGGAACAGUUUAUCUCAGACAUCUGCCCCAAGAAGGACGGACUCGAAACCUUCACCGUGAAGUCCUGUCCUGAUGCCAUCAAAGAGGUCUUCGACAAUAAAUUCCACAUCAUCGGCGCAGUGGGCAUCGGCAUUGCCGUGGUCAUGAUAUUUGGCAUGAUCUUCAGUAUGAUCUUGUGCUGUGCUAUCCGCAGGAACCGCGAGAUGGUCUAGAGUCAGCUUACAUCCCUGAGCAGGAAAGUUUACCCAUGAAGAUUGGUGGGAUUUUUUUGUUUGUUUGUUUGUUUUGUUUGUUGUUUGUUUUUUUGCCACUAAUUUUAGUAUUCAUUCUGCAUUGCUAGAUAAAAGCUGAAGUUACUUUAUGUUUGUCUUUUAAUGCUUCAUUCAAUAUUGACAUUUGUAGUUGAGCGGGGGGUUUGGUUUGCUUUGGUUUAUAUUUUUUCAGUUGUUUGUUUUUGCUUGUUAUAUUAAGCAGAAAUCCUGCAAUGAAAGGUACUAUAUUUGCUAGACUCUAGACAAGAUAUUGUACAUAAAAGAAUUUUUUUGUCUUUAAAUAGAUACAAAUGUCUAUCAACUUUAAUCAAGUUGUAACUUAUAUUGAAGACAAUUUGAUACAUAAUAAAAAAUUAUGACAAUGUCCUGGA